AUGGAGGAACGCGGGUCUCCCGACGGGGACCCCGCGCGGAGCCUGGAGCAGGGGCCGGAGGGGCCAGAAACGCCCAUCCAGGUGGUGCUCAGGGUGCGUCCCAUGAGCGCCGCCGAGUUGCGUCGAGGGGAACAGAGCGCGCUGCACUGCUCGGGAACCCGGACUCUGCAAGUGAGGAACCCCUCUCCCCCUCCCACGCCCCCCCCCCCAAACCUACCUGAAGGCCCCCCCCCCCCCUCCCCCCGGGCAACUUUCCGCGCCCCUGCCGCCCGCAGCUUCUCCUGCACUGUCUUCACCUUCGGCCAGACCGGCUCCGGGAAGACCUACACCCUGACCGGGCCUCCUCCGCAGGGCGAGGGUGUGCCCGUACCCCACAACCUAGCUGGCAUCAUGCAGAGGACCUUCGCCUGGCUGUUAGACCGGGUGCAGCACCUGAGCGCGCCUGUUACCCUCCGUGCCUCCUAUUUGGAGAUCUACAAUGAGCAGGUUCGAGACCUUCUGAGCGUGGGAUCUCCCCGGCCCCUCCCUGUUCGCUGGAGCAAGACCCGGGGCUUCUAUGUGGAGCAGCUGCGGGUGGUGGAGUUUGGGAGUCUGGGGUCCCUGAUGGAACUUCUGCAAAUGGGUCUUAGCCGCCGACGGAGCUCAGCUCACACCCUGAACCAGGCCUCCAGCCGAAGCCAUGCCCUGCUCACACUCUACAUCAGCCGCCAAACUGUGCCUCCAGGGGAGCCCCCCAUGGGGGGGAAGCUGUGCUUUGUAGACCUGGCUGGCAGUGAGAAGGUGGCAGCCACAGGAUCCCGUGGGGAGCUGAUGCUUGAGGCGAACAGCAUCAACCGCAGCCUGCUGGCCCUGGGUCACUGCAUCUCCCUGUUGCUGGACCCACAGAGGAAGCAGAGCCACAUCCCCUUCCGGGACAGCAAGCUCACCAAGCUGCUGGCAGACUCGCUGGGGGGACGCGGGGUCACCCUCAUGGUGGCCUGCGUGUCCCCUUCAGCCCAGUGCCUUCCUGAGACUCUCAGCACCCUGCGAUAUGCAAGCCGAGCCCAGCGCGUCACCACUCGGCCACAGGCCCCCAAGUCGCCUAAGCAACCCCAGCGUUUGGAGAUUGAGAUAUUGCAGCUCCAGGAGGAGAACCGUUGCCUGCGGUCCCAACUGGGGCAAAUAGACCCCAAGGCCUCAAGGCUCAGUGGGGCACGGGUGGCCUGGGCCCAGCGGAACCUCUAUGGGAUGCUACAGGAGUUCAUGCUGGAGAAUGAGAGGCUUAGGAAAGAAAACAGCCAGCUGCAGAGUAGCCGGGACCGGGCCCGGGAUGAGCAGCGCAUCCUGGCCCAGCAGGUGCAGGAGCUGGAGCGGCGCCUCCUCUGUGCCUGCUCCGAUCACCAGCCCCACCCCGGCCCAGCCCCACAGUGUCCCUGUGUGAUGGCGCCGGCUCCGCCAUGCCACGCCCUGCCACCCCUCUGCUCCUGCCCCUGCCACAGCCUCUGCCCCCUGUGCCGAGCACCACUGGCCCACUGGGCCUGCGCACGGGGGGAGCACCACCUGCCCCAGGUGUUUGGCCCUAAGGCCCCAGGUGGCAUGCCCCUCUCUGCCCAGCCCCCACCCUGGGCACCCCCAUGCAACCCUGGCUCUGCCAAGUGUCCGAGAGAGAGGAGUCCUAGCGACUGGACUCAGACCCGAGUCCUGGCAGAGAUGCUGACGGAGGAGGAGGUGGUACCCUCUGCACCUCCCUUGCCCAUGGGGCCCCCGAACACGUCACCAGUGCUGAGAGGUGGGGCUGCAGUUCCAAACCUGGCCCGGAGACUGGAGGCCCUCAGAGACCAAAUUGGCAGCUCCCUCCGUCGCGGCCGGAGCCAGCCACCCCCCAGCGAGGCUACACGGAGCCCCAGCCGAGUCCUCCCUCCCUGCUGAGGGCAAAGCAGAAACCCAGGAGACCGCCGCGUGACCUUGGUCUGGGCUCUGCGCUCCAGGGCUCAGUCCCCCCAUCUGCACAGUGGGGAUGGCAGCUGCCCUGCCAGGCAGAGGGGAGUUCCUGAGGGCCGCGGGUAGGAGCUGGUGGGCAGUUUGGGGGAGCAGAGGGAGGGUGCCGCCCCGGACUGUGAGAGAUGAGACUGGAUUUGGGAGAAGCCAGGCAGCAGGUGACGAAAUAGACGAAUAAAGAGAGGUGUCGGCUCCGAAUGUGGUGGGUCCUCUCUCGGGGCGUCAGGCACUUCUGCGUGGAGACAUCCCAGAGAGGAGGGACUCUCAGGGGAGCGCGAGGAGGAGAAGAGGACUCUCGGCAGAGGUGCGUGCCCCUUCUGAUCAGGAAUAGUCCAGGUUGCCAUCUCCUUCGUAUAUGAUAGAAGUUUUAGUUGAGCAACUGCUACAUGUACCAGGGCAGACGUGGGGAAAUCAAAUGGUGAGCGUCUCCGUGCGGGAGUGUGAGGGAGACCAGUUCCAGCUGACCUUUGUGCGGGCUGCAUGCGUGCUGGUGCUGGAGGGGUCCUGAGGUCUGAGUUCCGAUGCCACAGACUUCCUGGGACCUUGGACAGGCCUUGAACCGUCCCUGGAUCACUUUAUGGUGUUCAGCCAAUUAGAUGGGAGGUGAGACUCCUUGUCUGUGGAGUUCAAGUGAGGGUCAGGAGGUGAAGAGGAUAUCAGGAUCCCAGGGGGAUGCAGUGGGUCUACAAUUAGGGGGAAGUCCAGAUGUGACAUGAGAAAUUGGAGGUGCUAGUGGGAGGAUCUCAUUAAAGAAGGAGCGACGGGACUAAUCUUACUCUUCCAUUUUAUAGUUAGGGAAACUGAGACCCACAGGGCUCAUUCCUACCUUUGUUCGCUCAUUCAUUCAUUCAACACUCCUGGCAUCGGCAUAAACCAGGGUGGUGAACAGGACUGACCAGGGACACGCUGGCUUUGCCCAGGAAGCUCACAGCAGCCAGGUAUUGAAAGGCAAGACGUGUGACUGGGCAUUCGGGGUGUCCAACAGUGGAGACUCAGUGGAAGAAGGCGGGGCCCAGGACGAGGGGUGACAACCAGAGGCCACAGGCCACUGGGCCCAGCAGAGUGGGCUUGGUUCAGUCCGCAGACUGAACCACACACGGGCGCAUCUUGCCUCCUCACUUAACCAUGAGUGAUCCUGGGCAAAUGACUUCACUGCUGCGAACCUGAGUCCUCACAUCUGCAGGAUGGCUACUAUAGUAGUACCCCCUCGCUGGACAGUUGCAGGGAUUAAAUCUACUUGUGGAUGGAAAGAGUACAGCACGAGGCUUUGCUUGUUGCAGACAGUUUAGCCAAAAGCAACUUUCAGUCAAUAUGACCAUUUGAUGAAAUCGAUCUGGGUUCAGAAAAAAUUCGUUCCACAAAUCCCUAUGGAGAACCCACUUUGGACCAGCAUUGAACAAAGCCUAAGAAUCCUUACCGUCACCGAACACAGGAAACAAGAAAAAGAGCAGAAUAGAGGGAACUUGGUGAUAAAUGCCAUGGAGCAAAAUCUAGCAGGGAGGUCCAUCUGCCAGGGUGGGUGCAAUUUUAAAUAGGGGGGUGCAGGUGACAUUCAUGCGGAGACCUGAAGGAGGGGAGGAGGGUGAACCUGGUUAGUGCCAUCUCUAUUCUAAGUAAUUGUGGUGCCACCUGGGCCCCAGUGGUUCAGCAUCCUCGAGCCUGGGCUCCCCCUCUCCAGAGCCCUUCUCUCUCUCUCUCACUGUAUGGGGGCCCUGCUUGCUGGCAGGUCUCCAGCCCCCCGGCGGGGAAGGCCCCUGGCACUGAGCGUGAGAGCUUUCCUCAGCUGCCUCGGGACGGUGGACAGGGACCACCCAGGGGGACCCUGGCUAUUGCGGGUUCAUUUUGUGUUUGGAUGAUUCCUCCUUCCGCUGGAGCCAGCCAUGAUUUUCCAGUUUCCUAGUUCCAGCUCAGCAAAACCCCCACUUACUUUCCCACAGAUAGACUCAAGGAGACCAGUUUCCAGCACCCCAUCUCCUAGGCCAUGUGUCCAUCUCCAGGUCAACAUCCUUGCUCUAGAACUGCCCCUUGUCCAGAAUCCUGAAACCCUGGAGGAAUUCCAGAGGACCCCAGUAAUGUAUCAAGACUCUUCAAGUCCAGUGGUCCUUAGCGUGUGAGGACUCCAGAGGGCACUUCUGGAGCCCUGAAAGCUAUCGGGCUUCCCCAGGAUGCUGGAAUCUGAGGUCGCUUCUUCAGCCCCAUGAAAUAGGGUAAUCGUCCUCCAGAACUGUAAGCUUAGAAGGUUUCUGGUACAUCAGAAUUGAGGGAUGCUCUAGGAAAUCCUGAAGCACUGUAGACAUUUUCUGGAAUCCCAGAUCCUUAAAUGAUCUCUCAGAAAUUUUAAAACUGUGUGUAGAAUUUGGGAAGGAUUCUCUGAACUCUCUAGCUGGGGAGGGGGAUGUUCAGCAGAGCUUGGAAGGCCAUCCAUGAGUUCCUAGAAUGCUGGCAAAUCUAGAGAUGAAUCUAGAUGUCUAGAGCCCUGGCUGAAUUCUCCAGAUCCUUGGGGACCCUCCCUCUCAGCCAGUGCAGGAACAGGAGUUUGGCUGGAAGCAUCACUGUAGGACUUAAGGUUAGGAAGAGCACACCUGUGGGUCCUUGUGCUGCUUUUGAGGUCUCCUCUGGGCAUUCAAGCCCAAGAUAGACCCCAGCGGGUGCAGAUAAUGUCAGACAGUGUGCAGACCCCACUGCCGAGAACAUCUCCCUCCCAUCUCUGCUCUGGCUGCACCAGCCUCCUUUCACCUCCCAGACGUGUCCUGCCUUCUCUCGGGGUCUGUCUGCCCUUUGUCUAGUGACACAUUUGCCCCAAAUUCAUAUUCAGGUUUGUACCCAACAGGUUGAUUUCAGCCCCUCUGAGGGAUAGUUUGUGUUCUCUUAGGUGACUUCUGUUGUUGUGCCCUUGUUGGGCUUCCAGAGAUCCCCCUUCCUUUAUUUUAAUGGUGGGGGCAGUGUGGUGC